AUGUUCUUGCCGCUGCUGGCGCAUCAUCUGUGUAUGCUGACGCUGCAGAUUCUGGCGCGAUACUCCAAAUUUGUCAAGGAGGCCCAAAAGACUCCUUCAAUGGGGACCCAGGAUCCCAUGAAAUGGGCAUUCCCAGCCACAAUGGUGACCCCUGAGAGCACAGCUGGGACCCCCGGCCCCCGAUGCGCCUCCCUCGACGAGCUCCCAGGUGUGCCCCGCCCCCACGCCCACUUCCAGGAGAGGCCCAUGGGUCUCGCUACUGCCUCCAGGUGA